AUGUCAAAUACACUGCGACCGUACCUGGAGUGCGUGCGGUCAACGCUCACUGCGGCGCUCACGCUGCAGAAUUUCGGCUCGCAGGUCGUUGAGCGGCACAAUAUCCCUGAGGUCGAGGCGCAGAACACGCCGGAGGCGGUGCUCGUGCCGCUGACGGUGAGUCGCAACGAGCACGAGUAUGUGUUGAUUGAGCCGUCGGUCAACAGUGUGCGCGUGAGCAUCAAGAUCAAGCAGGCUGAUGAGAUUGAGCAGAUUCUGUGCCACAAGUUCACGCGGUUUCUGAUGCAGCGUGCGGAGAGCUUUGUGGUGCUGCGCCGCAAGCCGAUACCUGGCUACGAUAUUUCGUUCCUUGUCACGAACGCGCAUACUGAGUCGAUGCUGAAGCACAAGCUUGUCGACUUUGUGAUCCAGUUCAUGGAGGACGUGGACAAGGAGAUCAGUGAGAUGAAGCUCAGCCUCAAUGCGCGUGCCCGCAUCGUGGCUGAGUCGUACUUGAGUGUGUUUUAG